AAAAGAGGACUUUCGAAAAAAUUAUUCCAAAGCAAGCAGGAGCUUCAAAAAAUUAGAAUGUUUGUUGUGUGGGUGAUGUUUCUUCAUCAUCGGAUGGGUAUUAUGCUUACAGUUCUGGUUAUGGAAAGCUAGUGUCUCUGCUGCCUGAAAGGAGAGAGAGAUAGAAUCGAUACCUAUGUCGCAAGCACCGAAAAACACUGUCACUAGGGAUGCGCCUCGUCAGUAUCAGUGCUAUAAGCUUCUGGUGGAUCCAGCAAUUGUAGGCAAGGGGCGUGCAAAGGCGUAUCGCUAUGACGGCAAGCCACCCAGUGGGCAUCCUUCUGUUCAGGUUACUGAUCCGCGUACCAGCUUGUUCAAGACUUCUCUAGCUAACGACCAUGCCACGCUUCCUGUCCCACGUUUCAAGUUUGACCGGCACAGCGUCGGGACGCCUGUGGCCAGGGAUGUGUUUCUCAGCGGCCUUAAUGACAAUGCCAACGAGAAGUUCUUGCGCGGACUUUGCCAGGGCUAUGGCGAGAUUGAGAAGGUCCGUAUUUAUCGCCAUCCGGACUCCAAGAAACAUCUUGGGCUUGCUAAGAUCGGCUACAUGUAUCCGAGCUGUGCGAGGAAGGCUGCCUCGGCGCUCCAAGGCCGCUCAGUGAUGGGGAAUACCGUGACUGCUGUCCUGGAUGCUAAGGGGGAGGAAUCGCGCAAAGCCGUUCAAGCGGCCAUCAACCCCAAGCCUGCACCGGACAACAGUGCGAGUAGUGCUGCUGGCACUCGUGUCGGCCUAUCUCCAACCACUCCACUGCCGGGGACUACCUUUUCUAUGCCGGCGUUCCCGACUAGCGGCGCCGCCGUGAAUGUGCUGCCGGCAUCGUCCACCGUGCUCCUUCAAAACUUCCACCAGCAGCAGCAGCAGCAGCAGCAAGGGAGUAUUAUUCUCGCUCCCGGCUCUGCGCUGCCCGUGCAUGCCGCUACUGGUACUGCUGGUGCAAUGCCGGUGGGCUCAUCAGCUCCCGCUGGCACGCUGAUCAACGGCGGUGCUACUGGGUUCGUUGGCGGCAUGACAAUGCUCAGUAUUGACGGGCAUAGCGUGGUGGUGCAGACGCCAGUGCCAGCUGCUGCCGGUGGUGCUCCAGUGCUUACCGCCAACCCAUCCGCCACCACCACCGCCGCCGUUCUGUCAGCAUUCCCGGGGUCGUCCGGCGGCGCUCUUGCCCCGGGCGGUGGUCAGUUUGUACUGGCCAUGGCGCCGGGUAGUGCUGGCCCAGCAGCGGUAGUGCCUGCCACCGCGGCGACGACGGCCAGUGCUGUAAAGACGUACGGCGAGGUAUCGUCAUCCACUAGCACUAGCAACAGUGCCGGCGGCGGCGGCGCUCACACUCACUCAAGAUCAGCUGGAGGAUCACGGACAGGCUCGCCGCGGUCAGGGGCCACUGAGCAUCACAGUCGUCACCAUCGGCAUCGAGAUCAUCGCGAGCAUCGUGAUCACCAGCGUGACCAUCAUCACCACCGAGAGUCUCCACCGCCGCCAUCGUCCUCCAGUCGGCACACCGGGCGUGGCCGGCAGCAUCACCAUGACGACGCGCAUUCGCAUCAUCGUCGUCGUGGUGAUCCGCCGCCUCCGUCGAGCAGCGGCAGCUCGGCCAAUCAACGGUCGCAUGACAGACAGCACGACAGGUCGUCACGCGAUCGGGAGCACAACUCGCGCUCUCCUCCACCUUCGUCACAGCACCACCGGUCGUCACGGGGGGCAACGGAAAGCCGGCCAUCGUCGUCAACCUCACGCCUGCGUAGUCCCACAGCAUCAACGUCAAGUAGUAGUCGCUCCGCAAAUGGUAGCAGCGGCAGCGCUGGACAAAGCCGGCAGCAGCAGCAGCAUCGCCGUCGCAACUCUUCACCGGAACGUUCACCGCCAGUGUCGCGGCGCUCUCACGACUCCCACCGCUCAACACCGCCGCCAUCGUCGUCAUCUCACCACCGUCAUCGCUCACCCUUGUCUCGCGGCAGUGAGCGUGGCGGCAGUGCCUGUAGCAAGCCACACCGCUCACGCUCUGGCAGUGGCGACAAGCCAUUGGGAACGGACUCAGCCAAGGCCUCCACUACGGCGCCGGGGACACCCGCCGCACCCAACCAGGGUCUCGUGGAGCCGGUGUCUCCGCCGUCGCCGGUUGCCGACCCGGUGGAGUCGCUCUCGCAGCUGCAGCGUAUCAACUCUCUGCUGGCUGAAGCGCGACAGGGAGCAGUGCCCGGUGUGACGGCCGUGCGAGAGAUCCUCUCUGGUGGCGGUGCCACUGGUGUGUCGUCCGCAUCACCCGCUGACGAGGCUGCAGCUGAUGUCCCUGCUGCCAACGCCGUUAGUCCGCUAAUGGUGAGUACGAGUGGUGGUGACAUUGACCAGAGUGGCAGCGUACCCACUACAGGCACAGGGCCAGCGCCGUCCGCCGCUGCUGGUUCACUGCCGCUCGCAUCCUCCUCGCUGCCGUCCGUGGCAACCUGCACAGCAGCAUCGCUAGCGGCACCGGUUGCUAACGGCGGCGGGGCUUGUUCUCCGUCACCCCCGUCGUCCGCCUCCACCUGUGGCCGGCGCCUGUCCCGUGACCUGGACCUCAACUCGCCGGCGCUGUCGCAAAGCAGCGGCUACGGUAGCGGUGAAACGCCCAGUGCCGUCGAGAAAACCCCCGCGGCAACCCUGCCACCGCCGCCGCCACCCCCAACGACAGCCGUGCCGCUACCAACGCUGAUCGACAAUAUAUCACCGGUAUCGUCGCCAGAGCAGCCGCCGCUGCCCGACGACAUGCCACCGUUGCCACCCAACUCCGCGCCGGCCAGUCCGCUGCCACCACCGCCGCCGCCACCCGCCGACACGUCGGCGGACAUGGAGAUGUCUUCGGACGAGGACAGCCCGCCGGGGAAGGCACGCAAGGAGGCCCCGCAGAUCACGAUGCCCGGCAGUGGCGGUGGUACACCGCUGAUUCCACCACCGCCUCUCCAUCACCUCAGUGUGCCCCCGCCACCAUUCAUGCAGUCCGGAGUGCGGCAUCCACCACCACCUAUGCCCGGUGGCUUCAUGCCGAUCGGGUUUGGGCCGCCUCCACCGCCGGGUACAAGCCACAUGAUGCCACCUCCCCCGAUCAACAACAACAGCAACUCUGGCAACAACACUAGCAGCAGCAAUAGAGCAAGCAGAAACAGCGGCGGCAGUGGUGGCGGCGGACUCCAGAACACUCCGCGCUCUCCCGCCGUGCCCAAACCGGACGCGUCCAGUGCUGCUAGCUUCAGCGGCAGCGGCAGCUUAACUGCCAAGCUGGUACGGCGCCUGCCGGUGGCCUCUGAGCUUGCGCCCAUCCUGGGCAACAUGGUGAUCACGGCCGGUGCCCUGCUCAAGUACAACGACUGCGUGGCGCAGGAGCAGAAGGUGCUGCUGGACCAGCGUCGCAGCAGCAGCAGCAACAGCAGCUCUGCCGCCGCCAUGUCCAGCUGCUCCAGCCUGGCGGCGGUGCAGGAGGAGCGCGUACGCGAGAUCCUGCGCCAGGGCGAGCUCCUGCAGGCCGAGCAGCAAAGCAUUCUGGACGCCGUGCGCGACAGCCUGCGCAAGGCCAACAAGUCGCCGACGCUACCCGACGAGCGAGAGCUUGCCUGCCAGCGCUCCGACCUGGUGGCCAAGAAAGUGCAAGCGCUUCUCAGCACGGAGUUGAAGGAGGUGCUGAAGAAAGACAUACGCCGGAAGUUGGUCGAGGGCACUGCGUUCCGUAUGCUCACCGACUGGCAAGCCAAGAAGAAGACGGAGGCUGCCGAAGCCAUGCUGAACAAGGCCGGCAAGUCGUCGCAAGCCCCGGCGGUGGCUACAACCCUGUCCUCCAGUGACACACCAUCGUCGUCGGCAGCCACCACCACCACCACCACAGCCGCAGCAGCAGCAGCAGCAGCAACCUCGAGUUUGGCAGCUACAGUGGCAGCACCCACGUCGAAUAGUUUGGCAGGGACGGUAUCUUUGCGCGUCCGUGGCUGCAGGGUGUCCGUGAAUGCCCAGGGACGAGUCAACCAUAGUACAAUUGCCCCGCUGCCCAAGUUUCAGAAGAAGGCCGGAGCGGCAAACGUCUCGAUUGGCAAGGCCUUGCAAGCUCCGUACAGCCGUCACCACUACUCACCGAUCAAGCGCCAAUCAGCCUCUCUGUCCGGGCCCAGCUGGCGAGAGCAGACAUGGUCACAACGGCACCACAGCGCACCGGAAGAGCUCCAGCCGCAGCCCAGCAGUCGUCGCUCCCUGUCCAGCAUGAUGUCGGCGGCAAGGUUUGAGCCGGCCACCGAACCGAUCUCCUCAGCCGAAGAGGAAGAGGAGGACGAGAGCGACGCCAGCUCAGCUAGCGAGGACGAAGACAGUGACAACAGCGGACAGGAAGGGUCGUCCUCGUCGCUUGAGCCUUCGUCCAACGAAGAAGACUUAGAGGAUGAUGACGACGAAGACUUGGACGAUGAUGACGACUUUGCCGGUGAGUCAUCAUCCAGUGAUAGUGAUGUAUCGUUUGAACCGGAGCGUAAGAAACUCAAACGCAAUGACACCAAGUCGUUGUCGACUGGCGUUGAUAGGAGCGGCUCACUGCGUCGCUCUCCCGUCAUUCAAUCCUCAUCAUCGGAGGACGAGGCAGAUUUGAACUUAGAGCACGAGCUACUCUCAUUGGGUUCGCCUAAGCGACACCCAGUGGCUAACAUCGACGAUUUGCUAACGCCCGAUCGAGACAACGCACAGCAAGCGCGACAACCGGGUGUGGUCGUGCAGCUGGGUUCUCUAUCUGGUAAUACUGGUUCGGCCGCUGCUGCUGACGCUGCUGCUGCUCCGAUGACCCCCACCAUUGCAACCACCACCACGGCCAUCACCACAGCGGGCACCAAGUCACGGAACAACGGGCGCGUGCACUUCAGCUCCACCAUCAGCAUCACGAGUGCGGACCUGGCUUCGUCCUCGCCGCUGCGUGCCUCGUCAGCGUCGUUACUGCAGGACGCCAAGCCACCUGCACAGCAGCAGCAGCAAGCCAACGUCAACACAAUACCAGCCGCAGCAGAUAUCUCAACACCGCCAUGCAGCGAUAAAGACGACAAAACGGACGACGUGACGAGCGAGGACGUCUUCAGCGACGUCACGAGCCCCGCGAAGAAAUCUCCUCGGUCUCGCCGAUCGUCUCUGCUGCCGGAUGAUUUCGAGAGCCUCUCCGACACUGAUCUGAUCAAGCUUGGCCUUGUGGAGCCGUCGCGAUCGCUGCGCCGCAGCUCGUCGUCAACUCGCUACGAUGACGACGGCCGGAGGGUGGACGUGGCGCCACCACAGGAUACGCAUAAUCCCGCGGCGGAGACCGAGGGCACUACAGAGGGCGAUGCGCUACGGCAGGAACAAGUGUGUUCUCAGCAAGAAGAUAGUUCCAUGCAAGCUGAUGUCGCCAUGUCGCCCGUGCCAGCUGCUGCUGGUACUGAGCUGCCGGAGGUCAAGCAGCAUGUGUACCCGCCGCGGGGUAAAGCAGAUGAGCAAGGUCUCGUCGAGGACUUUCUACUGUUUGGCCUGGACAGCGAAGACCUGCAUUACCUGCUGGAGGCGUACACCAUACUACAAGAAGACGACGCCUUGCUACCCUACUGCUCGCUGCCGAUAGCCACACACCCUCCUACUCUGGACCGCGAAGCCAUGGGCAGCACUACGGCUGCAGGUACCCCCCGCAAGCGUGGUCGACCAUCCCUUCACGACUCGUCCGUGUCCGAUCACAAGACUGGCUGUGCGCGCUCGGAGGGCUUCUACAAAGUGGCCAGGGCGAAGAUUCCCACCAGGACUUCAUCUCAUGCACGGCGACUUGUCGAGGCGGAGAAGCCCCCAGAGACUACCACGCAGAGGUCCUCAUCACACAUGCCGGUUUCGUCAUCGCGCUCUUCUGGUCGUGAACACCGGGCAGAGGCCAGGCGGUACCAAGCGGCCAUCGGCUUCAUGGACUUUGGCGCCGCAUCCUCCUUCUCACACAACCAACUGCAUAUUCGACACAAGCGUCUGAAGUUCUCUCGCUCGCCCAUCCACGACUGGGGUCUAUACGCUAUGGAGUACAUCAACGCUGACGAGAUGGUGAUCGAGUACGUUGGAGAGCGAAUACGGGCGCUCAUCGCCGACCGGCGUGAGAGGCACUAUGAGAAGAGUGGCAUUGGGAGCAGCUAUCUGUUCCGCGUGGACGGGGACUGCAUUAUCGACGCCACCAAGAAUGGCAACAUGGCUCGCUUUGUCAACCACAGCUGCCAGCCCAACUGUUACGCUAAGAUCAUCACGGUGGGAGAUGAGAAACGCAUUGUCAUCUACAGCAAGCAUGAGAUCCAGGUAGGGCAGGAGAUUACCUAUGAUUACAAGUUCCCGCUUGAAGACGACAAGAUCCCGUGCCUGUGCGGUGCUCCGAAUUGCCGAGGCACGCUCAACUAGCCUGCCAAGAUUCACGCUUGAAGACGACAAGAUCCCGUGCCUGUGCGGUGCUCCGAAUUGCCGAGGCACGCUCAACUAGCCUGCCAAGAUUCACGCUUGAAGACGACAAGAUCCCGUGCCUGUGCGGUGCUCCGAAUUGCCGAGGCACGCUCAACUAGCCUGCCAAGAUUCACGCUUGAAGACGACAAGAUCCCGUGCCUGUGCGGUGCUCCGAAUUGCCGAGGCACGCUCAACAAGCCUGCCAAGAUUCACGCUUCAAGAUUCUGUGCCUGAUCCGACGUUCCUGAUUGUCGACGCACACAUCCCAGUAGAGGUGAUGAUGUCGGACGAGGAGGUACGCGAUGUGCUCGCUUCAUCACUGUAUAGUGUUCACGAGCAAUGUGGGAGUGCUUGUGUGCAUACAUCUGUGGGAGUGCUUGUGUGCAUACAUCUGUGGGAGUGCUUGUGUGCAUACAUCUGUGGGAGUGCUUGUGUGCAUACAUCUGUGGGAGUGCUUGCGUGCAUACAUCUGUGGGAGUGCUUGCGUGCAUACAUCUGUGGGAGUGCUUGCGUGCAUACAUCUGUGGGAGUGCUUGUGUAUCUGUGGGAGUGCUUGCGUGCAUACAUCUGCACAUUCUUACACAUAUGAUCGUCACGUGUCACUUUGUUUUCCAGUCUCAUCGGUGUUCUUUCCUCUUGCGUCUCGAUCCCAGUAACUGGCUUGGUUCACAUCGGGGAGUAGUUAUGUACCGAUAUUUUUAAUACUCCUGAGUUCAUUAUUCCGUGGCCAGUGUGUGCUUGCUGUCCGGGGGAAAGUUCCCCUCAUGAAACCCAUACUAGUUCACAGCCGAUAGUUUCGCCCCGCAUCCUGCCUGCUGCGUACACUCUGUACUGUGUGUAUUGCCUGUGUGCACAGCUAGCCGUGCACGUGUUCUGUGCAUUCUGUUCGCCCCAUGCACCCCGCCACGUGUUGCCGUUGAUUUCCCAGCUUCGGUUUAUUAUCCGAAUCUCUUUUUCUUUCUUUUUUUUAAUAUCUCCUCCCGUUUAUGUUUUUGUGUGUGUCUUGUCUGUGUGUGUGUAUCUUGUUUGUUUGCCAUUUCUAUGCUAAACGUGAAAUAUUGUGGCGGGUCCACUUGAACUCUAAUGCGGAUGCUA